AAGUCUACUAUAGGCACAAACAUAAAUUAUAUGUGUUAGGCACACUCACAAAAAAUUUUAAAAAAAUAAAGAUAAAAUGGUUAAAGUGGAAUUGAUGUGACAAUUUUAAUUUAUUUUUAUUUGUAUGUGUGUGUGCCUAAAUCUUGUGCUCAAAUGAGUGUGCCUAAGCAAGUGUUUCUCCCCUCUCCCUUUCAGUCUCGAGACAAAUCAGGUUUCGAUGAACGGAAUAAGACAAAGAUUGUUGCACACGCUGCGCGUCGAUGGCCCAUCGGCAGCGUUGAAGAGGACAACGAGGAAGUCAAAGACAAAGGACCAGUUCAUCCUUCCGGUCCCGGAAUCAUUAUCCUAUCUUGACACCGCCUCCAUGCCUAUGAUCGUCGCUGCCGUUGGCAUUGCAAUUUUCGCCAAACUCCUCAUGAUGUAUGAUGAAUCCAGAUCCCAAGAGUUGAUUGAGCGUGGGAUAAAGAAUGCUCCACCGGGUCAACAUCAGGUUAGAAUGCUCUCCCUUGAGGAGUGGGAGAAGGUUCGAGAACUCCCACCUAGAACUCCAUUUGAGUCAAAAUUUUCCCGUCCCAAUUCCAGAAUCAGAACUGGCGAACCAUUGCGUCUGGAGGAUUUAAAGGAUUGGACAAUUGAUGUUUUCAUGUAUGGUGUUGCCAUAGCUGAAGAGUAUGGUAAACGUGAUACUAAGUAAUGCAACAUGUCAUAAAUUGGAAAACAUGUAACCAGAUGCAAAAUGGUAUUUCUUUAUGUAACUAUGUUCUUGUAUGCACUCUUAAAACAAUAAAGGAUAACUAGUGGUGUACAGAUAUGUGAGCAGAGACUUUAACAAUUAACAUCAUAAAGCAUUUAACUUAGGCAAGACCAAGCCAAUAUGUGCAUUAUCUUAAUUUGUAGUUAUAGAAUCUAAAGUUGGAUAGCAGGUUUGACAAUUAAUACAUAAACGUUGUAUUUAGUUAGUUUGUACGCACAACUCAAACAAUAUUCAUUAGUUUCUCAACAA